UGCCACACUCAACAUGGCGGCGGCGCCCGGACACCGCCUGCCCUUCGCGGCGUGACAGGAAGUGACACUUCCGACCCUUCCGGUUCCUCCGUGUGGACCCUGAACCGGCCGCGCGCGGAGCUCCUCGCGGCCCCAGCGGCACCGCCAUGCUGCCCCCCCCCCUGCUGCUGCUGCUGCUGCCGCCGGCGCUGCUCGGCGCUCUGGAGGUGCCGCGGCCGCGGGGCGUCUCGCUCUCCAACCUGCCGUUCUACGAGGCCUCGCGGCCGUUCACCUGCCUCGACGGUUCGGCCACCAUCGCCUUCGCCCGCGUCAACGACGACUACUGCGACUGCCGCGACGGCUCCGAUGAGCCCGGCACCCCCGCCUGCCCCAACGGCCGCUUCCACUGCACCAACGCCGGAUUCCGGCCCCGAACCAUUCCGGCCGCCCACGUCAACGACGGCGUCUGCGAUUGUUGCGACGCCAGUGACGAGUACGAGAGUGGAGUCUGCGAGAACACCUGCAAGGAGCUGGGCCGGCGGGAGCGGGAGGCGCAGCAGCGCAGGGCCGAGCUGGAGCGCGAGGGGCUGCGCCUCAAACAGCGUUUGGCGCAGGAGGCGGCGGCGGGGCGGCUCGAGAAGCAGGAGCGUUUGGGGGGGCUGCAGGCGGCACGCCGGGGGCUCGAGCAGCGCGUGGGGGCCCUGCGAGCGGCCAAGGACGCGGCCGAAGGCCCCGAACGGGCGGCGAAGGAGGAGCAGCGGCGCCGCUGGGACGAGCAGCGCGCGGCGGCGGCGGCAGCGCAGGACGCGGCGCGGGCGGACGAAACCUUCGCGGCUUUGGACGCCGACGGCGACGGGCGGCUGACGGCGGCCGAGCUGCGCGUGCGCCCCGAGUUUGACAGCGACGGCGACGGCGCCGUCUCCGAGGACGAAGUCCAGGUGGUGGCGGGGGGGCUCCCCCUGGACCCCGAAACCUUCCGCCAGCGACUCUGGGGGCGCCUCCGGGACCCCCCACAGGGCCAGGCCGAGCCCCCCCCGCCCCCCCCCCGAACCCCCCCUGGAGGAGACGACACCCCCCGGGAGGAGGAGGAGGAGGAGGAGGACGGCGCAGAGGAAGAGGACGACGACGAAGGCCCUGAGGAGGAGCUGAAGGUGCCCCCCCCGCAGCACCCUGAGGAGAAGGGGUCCGAGGAGCCCCCCCCGGAACCCCCUUUCGACGCCGCCACUCAGGCACUCAUUGAUGCUGCCGAGAAGGCGCGGGAGGAGUUGGCGGAGGCCGAGCGGGAGCUCAAGGAGACCGACGAGUCCAUCAGGGCUCUGGAGCAGGAGUUGGGCUUCGACUUCGGCCCUCAGGGCGAGUUCUGGUAUCUGCACGGCCACUGCUACGAACUGCCCACCAGCGAGUACAUUUACCGUCUGUGUCCCUUCAAACGCGUCUCCCAAAAACCCAAACACGGCGGUGCCGACACCAACCUGGGGACGUGGGGUUCCUGGUCGGGCCCUGAGGGCGAUCGCUUCGCUGCGAUGCGCUACGAGCACGGCACGGGCUGCUGGCAGGGCCCCAACCGCUCCACCACCGUGAAGCUGUCGUGUGGGACGGAGACGGCGGUGACGGCGGCGUCGGAGCCGAGUCGCUGCGAGUACCUUCUGGAGUUGGUGACGCCGGCGGCGUGCCGCGACCCCCCGGAGCGCGGGGAGCACGACGAGCUCUGAGCCGCGCCCCAGGGGACCCCCCGAGCACCGGGGACCCCCCCCGAGCGCGAGAGACCCCCCCGAGUGUGACAGACCCCCCUUGUACAAGGAACCCCCCUUUGCCUCCCACCCUGGGGGGAGCUCUGUGCCUCAGUUUCCCCUCGAGGGGCCAUUCCUGCUGCCUGG